CACUAGAACUGCCAUUUCCUUUCUUUUUCGUUCCACGUUUCCGGUGAGUGCAUGUGCCUAGAAAGUUAUUUUCCGAAAAUUGCCACUUAAAUCGUAUUCAAACUCAUUUAUUUGUAGCCAAGGCACUGUGGUACGUUUGCGGUCGUGUUAAUGGUGUUUGCGGCGCAAUUCUGGCUGGUGGAAAUCAACACGUCGAAUUGGCCGGCCAGAAAAUGCGCUGACACCAAACCAAUUCAUUUUUUUUCUUACAUAUUUUUUUUACUGUGGGCCUGCGGGUCAAAACUGAAAGAUAUUGAAAAAUGGGCCGUUACUCACGCGAGUCAGACAACGUGGCCAAGUCGUGCAAGGCGCGCGGGCCCAAUCUACGUGUGCACUUCAAGAACACACAUGAGACCGCCCAGGCCAUCAAGCGCAUGCCCCUGCGCCGUGCCCAGCGUUACCUGAAGGCCGUCAUCGACCAGAAGGAGUGCGUGCCCUUCCGUCGCUUCAACGGAGGAGUCGGUCGUUGUGCCCAGGCCAAGCAGUGGAAGACCACGCAGGGUCGCUGGCCCAAGAAGUCCGCCGAGUUCCUGCUGCAGCUGCUGCGCAACGCCGAGGCCAACGCUGAUUGCAAGGGUCUGGAUGCCGACCGCCUGGUCGUCCACCACAUUCAGGUGAACCGCGCUCAGUGCCUGCGUCGCCGCACGUACCGUGCCCAUGGUCGCAUCAAUCCCUACAUGUCGUCGCCAUGCCACGUCGAGGUCAUCCUCACCGAGAAGGAGGAGCUUGUCUCCAAGGCCACUGAUGACGAGCCCGCCAAGAAGAAGCUCUCCAAGAAGAAGCUGCAGCGCCAAAAGGAGAAGAUGUUGCGUUCUGAAUAAAAUGUGUUCUGGGCCAGCCGCCCAAGCCGGUGACAACUACUGAAGCUCCAUUCUUUUUUUUUUUGUAUCCUAAACUUAAUAUCGAUUGUUGUGCGACGAGAUUGGAAGUCGCGGAUGUGGAGAAUACAGAGCACAAGCCCCAGAUUUGACCUCCUGGAAAUGCUAUGCGUUUUGUGUUUAACUCAACCCACUUUUUUUUUGCUAGGCUAGGAGAGCAAUAAAGUGAAUUGCUGUUUUCGU